UCACUGUUUGCUGUUCAUCAUACAUGGAACAGACAAUAGAAACUCACCCCUGACUGCUCUUUCCGCGCUGAUGUCGUUUGUGAUGUUUGUAUCGGAUCGCUCGAGGAUGUCGGGACAGGGGCACCUUUCCUUCACAUGGAUCACAGGAUGUGUGUAUGAGUUGAGAUAGAGCUCAGGCCAGUGAUGGAGGCAGGACUGAACUGCAGCUCUCACUGUGAGUCUGGCGUCUGCUUCAUCUACCCCGGAGUGAACAUCCAGCAGGGCUGGGACGUCCUGCAGAGACUGUGUGCGCUCGCAGCGCAGGGUGUGGAUGCACCGAGUCGAUCGCUGUCUCCUGCUCUCCGUGCUGUAGUCUGGACGCUGCUCUCUUGUGGGAUUCUGCUGGCACUCUUCUUCCUCAUUUUCACACUGCGCUUCAAAAACAACAGGAUAGUGAAGAUGUCCAGUCCCAAUCUGAAUGUGUUGACUCUGUGUGGCAGUGUACUCACAUACAGCAGCGGCUUCUUAUUCGCCGUGGAGGAGAGAGCGUCGCUGUCAGGAGCAGGAUCAAGAACUGUCUUACAGUUUCCAUCUCAGGCACGGAUGUGGACACUGUGUAUAGGCAGCUCUCUGGUGUUUGGCCCCAUUCUUGGAAAAACAUGGCGGCUUUACAGAGUGUUCACUCAGCGUGUGCCCGACAAGAGAGUGAUUAUUAGAGACAUCCAGCUGAUGGGUUUGGUUGCUCUGCUGGUCCUAGUGGAUGUAGUUGUUCUAGCAGCAUGGGGUCUGACGGAUCCGAUCAAGUGCUCUCGCUCUAUCAGUGCUAUGGUGAAGGUUGUAGAAAGGGACGCGUCCUACUCUCUGUCCCAGUUAGACUCAUGUUCUUCUCUCUACUCGGACCUGUGGGUAAUCCUGCUCUCUGUGUUUAAGGGCAGUCUCCUCCUGUACGGCACGUAUCUUGCUGGUCUGACAAGCAAUGUGAGCUUACCUCCAGUAAACCAGUCUAUGACCAUCAUAGGUGCUGUCUGCCUGGUCACCAUAUCAAGCGCUGUGGCCGUACCCGUCUCUCUUUACCUGUACGCCUGGCCCAAUGUGGUCUACAGUGUAGUGUCUGGAGCCAUCUUCAUCUGCACAAUGGCCAUUAACUGUCUACUGUUUGUCCCUCAACUGACCCAGUGGAGACAGUUUGAAGAGGAGACAAACUCUCACCCCAGUCAAAUGGCCAAAUACUUCAGUAGUCCCAGCAAGACCACAAACUCCAUGUACAGUGAGGAUGAAAUCUAUUAUCUACUUGGAGAAAAUGACUCCAUGAAAAGACUCAUCAAUGAGAAGAAUGCCAUUAUUGAUAGCCUACAGGAACAAGUGAACAAUGCCAAGGACAAGCUGCUCAAACUGAUGACUGCUAGCCACCCCUUGGACGAAGGAGAAAUGGACUCCUCCAACACGAACCUCAACUCCACCUCCACCCAAACCACAGUGGUAUCUCCUGAUUCUCCAACGCUAAUGAAAUACUCAGAAGUUGCUCCCACCAGAGUUCUCUCUCCACCUCCCUAUGAACCUCCUCCACCGCUUCAUGCUCACACUACCUCACAGCAAACAUCCUCUGAAGGUCCAGUAGCUGUAGAAAUUCCUCUGUCUUCAUCACACCUGAGGUACUCACCUCCUCAAGAUGACUCUUCCGAUGAGGUCUCUCAGGUUGUGAGUCUGAAUGGAAGCACAGAAGAUCCAGUUCCAACCAUGAACAAUCUCAGAAACUCAGGUCUUGGAAAAGAGAUUUCGGAGAAGCCACUAGAUGUACCUUUAGAUCAGGACAAUUUAGCCCAUGGUUCCUCUCCACUAGGUCCCGCUCAAUGUAGUUCACCUCAGGUAGAGUCUCCAAUGCCAUCAGCCUCUGUUGAGCUUCCCGCCAUGUCACCAACAGGACGACUAGGUUUUGUAACCAAUGAGCAGCUAGUGGAGAUCUUGCAGGACCUGAGCGUGGAUGCCGUAAGCAGCUCCGUCAAAUCACCUGACCUCAAUCCGGAUGAACUGAACACGGCACUUUCUCGUCGAUCUCCUCUACAGUUCUUCUUCCCCACCAUCUCACCCUAUCUCAUGCGUAAACGCAGACCUCCUUUUUACUCCUCAAGAGGUGGACCUCCCCCUUACUAUUUCCCAGGCUCGGUUCCUCCAGGGCGCAGUAGGGCAUCAGCACUAAUGGACCAUGAAAAGUUGAGGGACGAUGGCUCUCAAAGACCUGACUUGUGGCACGAGGGAAGGAGGAGGAGAAGGGAUGAAAAGGCACAGGCACGACGUGGCUCGGGACAGGAGAGUUGGGAAUGUUCUUCUCACAAAUGCUCCAUAAUGCCUUUCACGGGACAGGUUCCUCAGCCUGCCUCUGCUGGACUGAUAGACGGGGUUGAACACUCUGAGGAGCCAUAUGACUACUCAGACUCAGACUCCAGCAGCUCGGAGGACUAUUACUACCAGCGGCCCUACUGCGGGGCCUGUCAUCACCCCUACGACUCCACAGACAGCCUCACCUCAGGGACCUCUGACAGCGAGGAUGAAGACUUCUACCACUCAGCACAUCCUGUUGUGAACUUUAAAGUGGACGUUAAACCAACGUUUGUCUGAACAGACUGCACAUCCACAAGUUGUAUUUGACAUGAUGCUCUUUUUUGUUUUGUUUAGACCUAAUUAAAUUAUUCAGAUAUAGACUAUCUGUAUUUUUUUAUUUUGAAAGACAUCUCUUAUGCUCAGCAGGGCUGCAUUCAUUUGAAAAAUAUUUUAAAACUUAUUUUAUCAGAAAUAGAGUUAAAACAGUACUACUGUAAUCAGCAUAUUAGAAUGAUUUCUGAAGUAUCAUGUGAGACUGAAGACUGGAGUAAUGGCUUCUGAUAAUUCAACUUUGCCAACACAAUGAUAAAUUACAUUUUAAAAUAAAUAACAGUUAUUUAAAAAAAAGUUAAUAAAAAAAUGUAACUAUUCCAAACUUUUGACCAAUAUUGUACAUUAAAAAUGCACUUAAAUACACAUCUUCUAUGUAAAACUUAUGUUUAAUAAAAUGUAAUUAGAUAUUUUUGGUGGUCUCUAAAGUAAAAAAUAUCCAAUAGUAUAAUAAAGGUCUCAUUAAUGGCUAUAUUCUUUUAGAAUAAUUUUUUAUUAUUACUUAACUAAAUCAUAAAAAUAGGAAAGGAUAUGACAGAGACAACUCUGACAAUGUCAGUAUUCAUUUAUUUUUUUUUUUAACUUUUUUAGUUCAGGUUUUCAGAUGUCAAAUUGAAUCUGGAAUAAUGUUUAUUUUUUAGUUUAUUUUUAUUGAAAAAUAUGUUUUAAAAUUGUGAAGAUGUAUAGACAUUCCAUUUACUUGAUGAUCACAACAAUUUAUUUGAGAUUUUUAGUCAUAAAAUUUAUAUAAUGUAAAGGAAAAACCUAAACUGAAUAUAAAGUACUAGGUCAUAAAAAAAUAGUUUGGUGGUCUUGCUUACCUCUUCGCUGAUUAACAUAACUAAUGAAAAUGAGCCAUGGAGAGGGAAAGUGAGCCAAUACCAACUUUGGUCUUUCCUGUGUCUGUUAAAAAAAAUAUUUGUUUACACUUUAUUUCUUCAAGAAAGCUAUUAUUAUUCAGUUUCAGGAAUAUCCUUACUCUUUUUAAACCUUUCAAAAAUGUAAUUCAAAAUUGUAGGUUAUAUGACUAAUUUUUACAAUCCUAUUUACGUUAAUUUAUUUAGAAACACUGUGCAGCUUAAAAGAGAGAUUAAAUAAGGAGGAAAUACUCCAAUGCAAAUACUGUCAAAAUGUAAAUAAUCAAAAUAAAAACAAACCGCUGUGAAGUUAGCUUUUAUUGUGUUCCAUAUUGCUUUUGAAUUAUUAUGUUCCUUGAUCAUUUAAAAUGGCUCUUGCAGUCCUGUGUUAUUAAAAAAGGCUAUCAUAUAAAUCAAAUCUUUCUAAUUGAUAAAUCUUUCUCUUGCAACAUUAAAAUGCUUUAUUUUGUGCUAUAUACAUCUUUACACAGUCGUGCUUUGGUUUAGUCAGUCUGUUUAUAGUAUUUAUUUUUGGUUUGUCUUUGUGUGUGUGUGGAAUUUUUUAUAAACGAUAAUGUUUUAUGUUUACCAAGGCUGUUAUAUAUUUGUUCAUCUCCUUAUAUAUCUAAUUUAAACACUAAGGAGGAAAUGUGACUGAAGAACCUGAGCAGCAUGCAUCAUGUUAUUUCUUCAAACAGUGUUUUUGAAACAGAAUUAUUUUUGCAUAUAUUGCAUUUAUGUAAAUAUUUUAGUGUGUGUGAAUGUGUUUAUAUCUCUGUGCCCCUCUUGUAAAUGUGUUUUUGUCUAUGAACCUAAGUUUGUUAUUUAAUCUCUCUUUGAAAGGAAUGAGCAUCUACAAAUACAUGAACAUGAUUGCAUAAGCAUACCGAGACUGAAUGUAAGUGAUGAGAUGUGUUUAUCAUCGUUUGUGCAUGUGAAUAAAAGUGUGUACAACAGUAUAUACAUCUGUGCAAACACACAUCCACACUUGCCCAAGGAAGUAUUUGCAUUAAGGGGAAAAAAACGCAACUUGCAUUACUUGCAUCACUUGUUCUAUUGCAGAUGUAGGGCUGUUUGUGAAAUAUCAUUGUAAAAUGUGCUCAAAGCAGCAAGAUCACAUCACAGAAAAGAGUGGUAGCAGAAAAGUAGCACAGACAUUGUGAAACAUUCAGAUGUAUACAGUACAAUAGUUGCAAAUGAAACAUCGCACUGUAGAUCUAAACCACAAUAAUGUUGAUGUCCGUGGGAAAGAGAGAAUCUGCCCAUCUACAAAAUGUAAAUAAGCAAUUAUGUUGGAUGCAAUGUUAUGCAAGCCCACUGCAGGAAUGUGCAAUCAUUCUUAGCUGAAACAUGCCUGUGUUAUGUGCAUCAUCCUUGCACUUGGAUAUUUAUACUUCCCUGCUGUAAAAGGCAAAAAGUUAAAUAACAACCUUCUAACACUUUGCUAAUGCAUAAGCCAUCAGAUUCAAGAAGAAAAAAAUGGCAGAGAACUUAUUUAAUAACACCCCAGUAAAUAGUUUUCCUGAUUGUUCUUAAUACGUCACAGGUCAAAGAAUACACUGUUCAAAGGACAAAGCCAACAUGGUAUGAUCGUCAUUGAUCAAAUUCAGUGUUUACUAUAAAAGUAUAAUGAAAUGAACAAACUCAUACUCAUACUCAAAACUCAACUACUGAUAAACCCUUCAUUUAAGCCUUUAAAACUGCCCCACAUCUGUAAUAACAGACACAGUGUGAACGGAACAUGUUUUAGGUGUCCCAUGAAUAUGAAAAUGGAACUGCUUGUAAGUAAAAGCCAGACAGACUUGCAAAUGACAUAGCAGUUUUUUAACCAGAGCAGUAAAAGAUCACAGUAAUUCUGCUGUCUUAGCAUUAUGACGUUACAGCAUCACCUCUCUUUUCAGCACAAGAUUCACAUUCACUGCCAAAUAACAGUCUUGCUGACCUAAGAAUACCUAUAUUGGACAAAAAGGAGUAUAAUUUGGACAAAAAUAAUUUUGUCUUUUGGGUUUGAAAAUUAUUUUGUAGGACUGUAAAAUAUUGCUGCAAAAGAAAGUCUAUUAAGGUUCUUCCUUUGAAUAUACACAUUAAAUUCUACAUGAACCGGAAA